UAACAAUCAUGCAAUUACCGUUAACUAGGAGCCUCCAAGCAUGAGAUCCUCACCUUCUAUUUCUCUCUCUCUCUCUCUAAAACCCAUGUCUCAGAGCUUUUGCAUUGCAUCAUUCUAUUUCCAUAAAGCCUUUCUUGUGGUACUUUUAGUCACUUCUCACCAUCUUCUUCUUCUCCUCUCUUGUGUCUGAGAAUAACCCACAAGAAUGGGAAGGCCUCCAUGUUGUGACAAAUCCAAUGUGAAGAAAGGUCUCUGGACUGCAGAAGAAGAUGCUAAGAUCCUCGCUUAUGUUGCAAUCCAUGGUGUAGGAAACUGGAGUUUGAUCCCCAAAAAAGCAGGUCUGAAUCGAUGUGGAAAAAGCUGUAGAUUGAGAUGGACUAAUUACUUAAGACCUGACCUUAAACAUGACAGCUUCUCUCCACAAGAAGAAGAGCUCAUCAUUCAGUGUCACAGAAUCAUUGGCAGCAGGUGGUCUUCGAUUGCGAGAAAGCUUCCAGGAAGAACAGACAAUGACGUGAAGAACCACUGGAACACGAAGCUGAAGAAGAGGCUGGUGAAGAUGGGGAUAGAUCCUGUGACUCAUAAACCUGUUUCUCAGGUCCUGACAGAAUUCAGAAACAUUAGCGGCCAUGGAAACUCAUCCGAACCUUUUCUCAGAAACUUCAAAACAGAACCGUCUAACAACAACUCUAUACUCACACAAUCCAACUCAGCCUGGGAAAUCAUCAGGAACAACACAACAAGCCAUGAGAGCUAUCACAACUCUCCUAUGAUCUUUACUAAUCCCACUUCUUCAUCUGAAUUCCAAACAACAACCGCGUUCCAUUUCUCUAACCAUCCACUCAAUGGAACCACAUCUUCAUGCUCUUCCUCGUCGUCAUCUGCUAGUAUCACGCAGCCAAACCAAGGGGCACAAGUAUUCUGCUGGAGCGAUUACCUUCUCUCUGAUCCUGUUUUGCCUCUGAGUUCUCAGACACAAGUAGUGGGAUCCUCAGCUACUAGCAACCUCACUUUUGAAUGCAGCUCCCAGAAGACUGCUUCCAAGGCCUCUGGAACAUGCCAUUCCGCGAGCUCGUUUGUGGAUGAGAUAUUGGAUAAGGACCAAGAAAUGCUGUCACAGUUUCCUCAACUCUUGAAUGACUUCGAUUACUAGAUCCUUCCUUUUGUUGCUGUUACUUCUCUUGUAGCCUAAAGUGUUAUGAUGUUUCAUGUUCAAGAACUGUAUCACCGUUUUUUUUUUUUUUUAAUAAGCUGUCUCUUCUCUUUA